UAGUCUGAUGAAGUGGCUGUGAAUGCAUAAAUGAAAGUUUCCAUCACAGUGGUUCUUUCCGGGUUUGUGACUGUAACAGAUUUUCAUGACGCAAGGGAAUCCCCCACUUCCUCAAACCAAAAGUACAAAUGGCACGAACUGUGUAUAUAUAAAGGCAGAGUCGACGGCAAGCUACAGUCAGAACCAUGCAUUACUUCUCGGAAUUAGUCGCUUGUCUUGUAAUUUUAGCUGUGGCGGAGGGAGAGCGGCGGGAGAUUCGCUUCUUCAGUGGUGAGGACGCAGUCUUGAGUUGUGCGGCGAAAUCAAAGCCCGAUGUCCAGUACCGUUCCGUCACAUGGUACAAGGUUUCUGAAGAGCCUUCCCAACUGUUAUCUGGACUUGUAAGGAAGAGACUAACUAAAAACAAUGGCACAGUGGAAAAAUAUAAAGGUGUCGAACGAGAGGCUGAGCUACUUGAGAGCUCAAUGAGCCUUCUUCUGUCUAAUGUAACCGCGGAGGACAGUGGGAUAUACAAAUGCUUUCUUUCUGCUCCCCUUGGCCAUCAGAACCAAGAAGGUGAAAUCUUUCUGAAAGUCGAUGAGUAUACUACAUUUGAGAAAACUGAAUUUAUUACAAGUGAUACAAUUUAUGGAGUUCUUGCUGUCCCAGUACUCAUUAUUGCGUUCCUGAUGUUCUGCAUAAGCUAUGUUUGUUUAAGGAAUGCAUUUCAAAGCAACAAGAAGCUUUUAAAAGACUCUUUGCUGAAAAUGCAACUUCAAGGCAAGAACCCGAUCGUCCCCAAUCAUUUGAUUUGCAAGUCAAUGCCAGAAGUGUAUGUGUGAUGGUUACCAGAGUACAUGGACUAGUUCUCAAUAGAAGUUAAAUGAAGCCUUGUGCACAGGACAUGGAGAGUCCACAGAGCUUGUGCUGAAGAGGACCAUCAGUUGACGCACAAGAAGUAGCAACCUACUUGAUAAGUUAGUCAAGGUGCAAAUAGUGACAGAUGCAUGCACAAAGGUUUCAACAUUAUCUUUUGAAAACUGCAUCUUUAAAUCAUGAAUCAGUUAGACCAAAUUGUGCACGCUACAUUGUGGUUGCUUGUUGGUGAACACUGUGGAAGAGGAGAAGGACUGUGUUUGGAUGUUAUGCUCGGAGAUUAACAUUUGUCAGGCAUGCCUACAAGUUUUCCACCAAAGAAAUGAAAUGAUAGCUCAGUCUAUAUAGUUCUCAGUCUAUAUAGGCAAAUAAAACACUUUCGAAUUAUUUUUGAAAUUCUUUUUUCAAUGUCAUUCUUAUGGAAAUGCAAACAACAAAAAAACUACCUCAUAAAAUGUUUUCCUGUUGAUAAAAAUAUGCAUUAUUAAAUGGAUUUGAUUUAUUCAUUUUUGGAUUGUUUUUAUGGAGUUAUUGUAUGUUAAAGUUUAUUGAAUAUAGAAUAAAGUGGAUACAAAUUAUAAAACUUA